AUGACGUGGGGCGGGCGGCGCGGAGGCGGGCACGUCCUCGCCAGGCUCUCCGCCUCGCUCUCCGCCUCGCUCUCCGCCUCGCUCUCCGCCUCGCUCUCCGCCUCGCUCUCCCCCUGGCUGGGGCUGCCCGCGCUCGGUUCACAGGAAACGAACCAAAAGCAGCUGUCAAAAAGGCCAGCAUCAAUGCAGUAUUUCAAAAGGAAAUUUGACAAAUAUGACAACAUUGUUGCAAGAUCUGCCCAGAGGCUAGAAAGUGAGUGCUUUGAGGUGAUGCGUUGUUGCGUGGGCUGCAGAGGAACUUCGUGCUCCUAUGAGUUGAAAAAUAAUUUAAAGACAGUUAUAAAAUUAGAGAAUACUAUGUUCACAAUUACGAUGUUAUACUGA